AUGGCUAGUUUUAAAUCAAUAGUAGUGUCUUCCUUACUUCUACCACUCCUUUUCACCUCCCAUGGAGCAGCGGUACCAUCGCCAUCGUCCUGCAAUGCGGACGCGCGUCCUUAUUCAGCCUGGAUGGCCGACAGUGUCAUCUCUCGCGGCCAGGCAGUCUUGCCAGCGGGAACGACGCCGGAAGCGUCAACCUUUCUACAAAUAGGUGUUUUCCAAAACGCCAUUCUACGGUUGAAAGAGUACUAUGGCUCCCCGGAAAGCGCCUGCGCACAGGCCGAUUGGGACGCCUACCUCGAAGCAAGUACGCAGAGCGUCACGCCUUGGCUUCUGAAUGCCACCAAGGAUACUCAGUAUCCUCUUGACAGAUUUUCGGAUGGGAAUGGUCUGUUCUACCAAUAUGAGAGAACAGGAAACGAAACAUAUAAGGCGGCGCUGGAUGCGUUGCAGCAGUCCAUCCAUCUGCAGCCUAGAAACCAAUAUGGGGGAUACUGGUAUUUCAAGUACCCUAACUGGAGUUAUCUUGAUGGGAUGUACUCUCUCAUCCCUUUCUAUUCCACCUACACGGCCCAGUUCGCGACAUCGAACAGUAGCGCUGUAGGAAAGGAUCUCGUUUAUCAACUCGACCUCCUUUGGUCCCAUUGUCGUCAGAACAACACCGGCUUACUGGUACACGGAUAUGACGCAUCGAAAACAGCUGUCUGGGCGAAUCCUGUCACGGGUGGAAGUCCAAUUGUGUGGAGUCGCUCUUUGGGUUGGUAUAUGAUGGCCUUAGUAGACAUUCUGGAGAUUUCACGCCAGCAAGGUGUUCUCAGCCAGGAGCAGUGGGAUCAUGUGCACCAGCGAUUUGUUGCGCUUUCUACUGCCGUCAUGGCCGCGGCUGAUGCAGAGACUGGUUGCUGGUGGCAGGUUAUGACGGAUUCGAACAGAGAGGGCAAUUACAUCGAGUCAAGUGGAUCAGCGAUGUUCACGUAUGCGCUCUACAAGGGUGCCCGACUUGGCUAUUUGCACGGCAUUCCUGAGAAAGCCCCGGUACCCGCAGCCCUCGCCAGUAAAUGCUAUGGUCAUCUUCUCGAAAACUUCGUGGUUGACAACAAGAAUGGAACACUGGGCUAUAAUGGCACAGUAUCCGUCUGUAGUUUGAGCUCGAAUGCAACUUAUGAGUAUUACGUCCAUCAGCCCCUCCUCUACAACAGCUUGCAUGGUUCUUCCUCCUUUGUUCUCGCAAGCGUGGAGCACGAGCGUGCCGCUAAUGUGUCUACAACUUAA